UUGAUCUCGAGUAGAUCACAACCAUAAAAAAGUUGUAUAUAUCCAUUUACGACUCAGAAACCAACCUGUUGCGGAAUAAAUCAGAAAUGACUAAGAACAGUACAUCUAGUGAUCUAGCCUUAAUCAAAAAAAAUUUAGCGUUUUCUUUUUCUGAUAGAAUUCAUGUGUUUAAUUUAUCUUCUCAGUCAGUCUGUUGGGCACCAGUAGUUGACAUGUUAGUUGAUAGAAGAUGUUUUGGAGGUGGCAUUUUAAGUGAUCGUAUAUAUGCUAUAAGUUAUAUCAAUAAACAUUUUAAAUUUUAUAUCUUAAUUUUUUUUAACUAAAUCCUAGGUUGGUGGAAUAGAUGGAAUAGAUAAUUGUAAAAAUAAUUUAAAUAGUGUAGAGGUUUAUGAUGAAAGUAUUAAAGAAUGGAGUCUGUUAAAAAUUAUGUCUAAUAAGAGAAGUUAUUUGGGUGUAGGAAUAACAUUUUAUAUGCGGUAAAUAAACAUUUUAUUUUAAAUUUGUUGUACAUAUUCUCAUUUAAUCUAAUUUUAAAGGUUGGAGGAUAUGACAAUAAGUGUUAUUUGAAAUCGGUUGACUGCUAUGAUCCCCGUGUUAAGACUUGGACAACAGUUGAUAAUAUGUCUGUAAGUCGCAUUGCUCUUGGCGUUGAAGUAGUCAAUGGUAUUUUGUACGUGGUCGGUGGUUAUAACAAGUUUAGUGUCCUUCAAAGUGCUGAGGCUUAUAGACCAACCACUGGAGUUUGGUAUUCUAUAUCAAAUAUGCAUCUAUGCCGAAUGUAUCCAAGAGUUGUCACAUUAAAUGGCCUGUUAUAUGUUUUUGGAAGAUUUGACAAACCUGGUGCGAGUCUUUGUUUGACAUCUGUAGAAAUAUACGACCCAGACACUGAUGCCUGGUCCAUUGAAACAUUUCCGUCAACAAAUAUUAACACUAUUAAUGGAGCUGUAGUCAUUGAUAGAUCAGUACAUUUUAAUAAUAAAUAGCUUACAUAGUCUCAUUGAUUGUUGUUAUAAAUUAAGGGGACUGCAGCCAGUUUUGACAAAAGUCAAAACUAAUGUAGAU